UUGGCGGAAAAUCAGCAACGGCUAGCUCUCUCCAACGGCUGCCUUGGGUCUGCUAUAUAUUCUGUGUUUUUAAGAGGUUGCUGGGCAAGUUUUAUAACAGAGAAAAGUAGAGCGGUAGAGGGCUUAUCUUUUGGGUUACAAAGGGUUUCAAUAGUUCAGGGGAAGAGGUUCUUAGCUGUUGAGGGUUUCACAGAUCGGAUUGUGAUCUGUGGUGGUGGUUCAUUGGUGUUUUCAUUUCUUUACUCUGUUUUCGUUUAUCUUGCUUGAUAGGGAAAAUCUUAAUAAAAAAG